GUUACUGCAGUGACGUCACUCGAUCGCCCCAAACAAACUGUUGCGGAGCUGUCCCGUGGAGCAGUGCCUUUUAUUUAGCGACAAAUUUCACCUUUUCACCAAUUAUCUAGCUGUCAAUUCACUUUUUAACCCCCCAGAUGAGGUGACAUCAUGAACUUCUCAGAGGUUUUCAAGCAAUCCAACCAACUAUGCAAAGUGUCUCCAGAUGGAAAAUAUUUGGCGACGUGUGUGCAGUACAGGCUGGUGGUGCGUGAUGUGGCUACACUGCAGAUCCUUCAGCUCUACACAUGUUUGGACCAGAUCUCUCACAUGGAGUGGUCCUCAGAUUCCCAGUUUGUCCUCUGCGCCAUGUACAAGAGAGGACUGGUGCAGGUGUGGUCUCUGGAGCAGCCCGACUGGCACUGUAAGAUCGAUGAAGGGUCUAUAGGACUGGUCUCCUCGCGCUGGAGCCCCGACGGGCGUCACAUUCUCAACACCACUGAGUUCAACCUCAGAAUCACCGUGUGGUCGCUGUGCACCAAAGCUGUGUCUUACAUCAAAUAUCCCAAAGCCUGUCAAAAAGCUCUGGACUUCAGCAGAGAUGGCUGCUACAUGGCCCUGGCUGAACGCCGAGACUGCAAAGACCACAUCAGCAUCUUUGUGUGUGACGACUGGCAUUUACUAAGGCACUUUGAGACAGAAACUCAGGACCUGGCUGGAGUGGAGUGGUCCCCGAAUGGCUGUGUGCUGGCAGUGUGGGAGAGCUGUCUAGAGUAUAGGGUGUUGCUGUACUCUCUGGAUGGGCGCCUUCUGUCGACCUACAGUGCGUACGAGUGGUCUCUGGGGAUCAAGUCUGUGUCCUGGAGCCCCAGCAGCCAAUUCCUGGCCAUCGGCAGCUAUGAUGAGAAGGUACGAAUCCUUAAUCACAUCACGUGGAGGAAAAUUGCACAGUUCGAGCAUCCUUCGACGAUCAACAACACAAAAGCUGUUAUGUAUAAGGAGGUGGAGAGACGGCCGACAGUGAGUGAAGACCUGUCCAUCCACAGCAUCUCCAUGGGCUCCACUCUCUUCAGCACGCAGAGCAAAUAUGAGAUCUCUCCUAUGCCGGUCCAUCUCCCUGUGGUUAAACCCGACCCAGAGCGCGCCAACCCUAAGAUCGGCAUCUCCAGUCUGGCAUUCAGCUCCGACAGCCGCUACCUGGCCACGAAAAACGACAGUAUGGCCAGUGUGGUGUGGGUGUGGGACAUGCAGCAGAUGAGCUCUGUGGCGGUCCUGGAGCAGACGGCCCCCGUGCGCUGUUUCCAGUGGGACCCCCGACAGCCGCGCCUCGCCCUGUGCACCGGCAACACCAAACUCUUCCUGUGGUCCCCGGCAGGCUGUGUGGCUGUGCAAGUCCCCGCUGAAGGUAGUUUCCAGGUGCAGUCUCUGAGCUGGCACAGCAGUGGAGACUCUCUGAUCCUCCUGGGGAAGGACCAGCUCUGCCUCUGCUACAUGGAGACGCACCAAGACCAACAGUAAAACACCACUGUACCGACUCAGCGUAGAAUGUACAUGAGCAAUGACGCUGUACUGUAGUUUGUCUGUGUGUUAGAACUACAAAUACAGUCUGACCAAACCCCGCUGUGCAGGUAACUAGGGGCUUCUUAUUUUUACUACUACUGCUAAUAAUAACUUCUAGACAUUCCACUUUUUGAUACACUGUGACAAAAUACAGUAGUUUGAGGUUCUAUUGCACUUAGUUUUGUAUUUAUUUAUAUGAAUUGAUUGAAUAAAAUGCAUUGGUUUACUACACUUUUGUACUUUUUGUGUACAGAGGUUACUGUUACUUCAAUAAAAAUAUUACUAAACAUA